CCGGGAGGAACAGUAACAUGGAAACUUGGUGAUACAUCUGUAGAGGGAGCUAAUACUUCACAUGUCAGUGAAGUCGAUGGAACUAUAACGACGUACAGCACACUCACGCGUACGUUUACCGCUGAUGAUCACGACAAAAUACUUGCCUGUCAUGUUGACAUCCACGAAUCAUUCCAGUCAUUGUCAGUCGAUGUUCGGCUCAAUGUACAGUACAUGGAGCAGGUCAAAGUAAGCGGUGACAGUCAGGCAGGCGUUAUGACAGUCAAGCACGGCAGUGCGCUUUGGCUGCUGUGUAACGCAGACGGAAACCCAGAGCCAAGUUAUUCAUGGCUUCACAACAAAUCACUAGUUCCUGCAGAAGUGAACCGCGUUUACGAAAGGGAACAGGUUAGUUUCGUAGAUGCUGGUGACUACGCAUGCUCAGCCGCUAACAUUGUAGGAGUUGUGAACUCUGCUAAUUCAAUGUCUGUAGUCGUCGUUGCUCCCCAACCAAAUACAUCGAAUACGGCCCUCAUUGUCGGACUGGUCAUCGCUGCUUUGGUUUUGAUCAUCUUAAUCAUCGUCAUCAUCGGCGUCUGCGCGAAGAGGAAGCAUGACUCAGAGUCCCCUACUUCUUCGGCCGAGAUCGCCACAAAUUCCCACGAUAACGCUGGCAUGAAUGUUUGGACAACGGACAUAUCCCACAGUGUAUCGGAGCAGUAUGAGUCGGGCCAGGGGGAAAAAACCUACACCCAACCUCACACAACCUACCUACGACCGCAGUACGAGCCCAGUCUCGAAGAGAGCUACAACUACCCCGGCAGAAUAGACGGCGUGCUACCGCAGUAUGCGCAGGAAUCGUGCGACCAACUUGACAGAUUGCACAGUGUGCCGCGUCAGUAUGACUCCGGUUACAUUGAUAUCUUACCUGAAGACUCUUACAGUCAGCGUGCCGCGCCAAUAGAUGGCGCUGUUGAUUCGGACGUCAUUGUCAUUCUUCUCGCCUUUAUGCCCCAGUUCCUUAAGAUCGACCCUGACUUUGAGCUUCAUGUUGAUUAUAACUCUGGAACGAACAGGAAGAACAUACAUGUCAAUGUUUGUUAUGAGUCACUAGGGGAGGACGUCUGCUUAGCCUUGCCAUUCUUCCACUGCUUCACUGGCGCCGAUUCUACCUGCUUUUUCUACAAGCUGACCAAGAAGAUGUGGUUUUCUCAAUGGAAUAAGUGCUCGACGAGGGAUGAACUGACCAAUGAAGGGAGGCCUCAGGUUCUGAUGAGUUAA